AUGGCGUAUCCCGCACACGCAUCACCGGCACUACCGCCGCUCAAUUCACCGCGCCCGCAAAAUACCCAGCGUACCAUGUCCACAAUGUCAGAAUACGACCUCGAGCACAACAAGAACGCCGAACCCUCGUCUUCCUCGUCCGUCAAGCCUGUCCCCGAGCCCACGUCUGCCGCACCGCCAUUGGUAUCGCCCUCAUUGGAUUCCGAGCCUACCAAUCCCUCUUCCGACCCUGCUCAACCCUCAUCCGACCCCGCUACUCAAGAUGCCGAAGCCCACCAAGCCGAGCCUGCUGCCCCUCCAGCCUUGUUAGAAGAACUUCCCGAGGUCACCUGCGAAGUACGCGCCCGUAUCCCUACUACGACCGGUCAAGAGAUGUUUCUGCACCUCUACCACAACAAUGUAGAUAACAAGGAGCAUCUGGCCAUUGUCUUUGGUCCUCACAUCCGCAGUCGCAGCCUCGAUGCCCCGAGGGAGGGCGAGACAGAAAAAGACCGUAUGAUCAGAGGCGCAUACGUUGGAAAACUAUACCCGGGCCGUACCUCCAGUCGCUUGGAUCAGAUCAAGCAGGAUGCUGGCGUUUCUGCUGCCCAAGUACCACGCAGUCCCACGCCUGAAGCCGUUACCACAGAAGAGAGACAGGAUAGAGCUGUCAAGGUCGCCGAAGCACAAAACAUGCCUUCGCCAUUGGCGCCGUUGGUACGCAUCCACAGCGAGUGUUACACUGGCGAGACGGUAUGGAGUGCACGUUGCGACUGCGGUGAACAGCUUGACGAAGCAGCCCGUCUGAUGUCUCUACCCUUCGACCCCACCGAUGCAUCUAUUCCCUCGCUUGGUGGUGUAAUCGUCUACCUUCGUCAAGAAGGUCGUGGUAUAGGUCUGCUUUCCAAACUGAAGGCGUACAACUUGCAAGAUCUGGGUCACGAUACUAUGCAAGCGAAUCUCCUGCUCAGACAUCCCGCAGACGCAAGAAGUUACGGCUUAGCAACAGCCAUGCUAAUGGAUCUGGGUCUGGGCGGCGAAAGAGGUAUCAGACUGUUGACGAACAACCCUGAGAAGGUGCGUGCGGUUGAAGGACCUGGAAGAGAAGUCGUGGUCAAGGAGAGAGUACCCAUGAUUCCAUUGGCCUGGCAAUCCGGCGGUAAGGAAGGUGUGCAAGGGCCCGAAUUGGAGAAAUACAUUGGCACGAAGAUUGAGAAAUUCAAGCACAUGUUCAGCCCUGCUUGA